AUGAACACACUCCUGGUCUUGGCCCUUGUGGGAGCUGCAGUUGCUUUUCCUGUUGACGAUGAUGACAAGAUCGUUGGAGGAUACACUUGCCAGGAGAAUUCUGUGCCCUACCAGGUGUCUCUGAACUCUGGGUACCACUUUUGUGGAGGUUCCCUCAUCAAUGACCAAUGGGUGGUGUCUGCAGCUCACUGCUACAAGAGCCGCAUCCAAGUGAGACUGGGAGAGCACAACAUCAAUGUCCUUGAGGGCAAUGAGCAGUUUGUCAGUGCUGCCAAAAGCAUCAGGCACCCCAAGUUCAAUUCGAGGACCCUGGACAAUGACAUCAUGCUGAUCAAGCUAGCUUCCCCUGUGACCCUCAGUGCCAGAGUGGCCACUGUAGCUCUGCCCACCUCCUGUGCACCUGCUGGCACUCAGUGCCUCAUCUCUGGCUGGGGCAACACCCUCAGCUUAGGUGUGAAUAACCCAGACCUGCUCCAGUGCCUGGAUGCCCCUCUGCUGACUCAGGCUGCCUGUGAAGCCUCCUACCCUGGGAAAAUCACCAACAACAUGGUCUGUGCUGGCUUCCUUGAGGGAGGCAAAGAUUCUUGCCAGGGUGACUCUGGUGGCCCUGUGGUCUGCAAUGGACAACUUCAGGGCAUUGUCUCCUGGGGCUAUGGCUGUGCCCAGAAGAACCUCCCUGGUGUGUACACCAAGGUCUGCAACUAUGUGGACUGGAUUCAGGACACAAUUGCUGCCAACUAA